AUGUUCAAGUCAGUCGCCCGCCAGACAGCAAGACAAUUGGGCUCACGAGCCACUGCUGCUGCAGCUGCUCGUCGCUAUGCACAUGCUCCUGUAGCAUUUGACUGGAAGGACCCGCUCGGUGCUAGCAACAUGUUCACCGAAGAAGAGUUGGCUAUUGCAGAGACUGCCGAAUCUUACUGUCAAGAGCGCAUGCUUCCUCGUGUGCUAGAUGCAUACAGAAACGAAGACUAUGACAGAAAGAUUCUUGAAGAGAUGGGAGAACUGGGACUGCUUGGUGCUACCAUCGAAGGCUACGGAUGUGCCGGUGUCUCUUCAGUCGCAUCGGGACUCAUCACACGUGCUGUCGAGAGAGUAGACUCUGGUUACCGCUCAGGCAUGUCCGUCCAAUCCUCAUUGGUCAUGGGUGGCAUCGACGAGUUCGGUUCUCAGGAGCAGAAGGACAAGUUCCUGCCCAAGCUGGCCAAGGGUCAAAUGCUUGGUUGCUUCGGCUUGACAGAGCCAAACCACGGCAGUGAUCCUGGCAGCAUGGAGACAGUCGCCAAGCCUCACCCUACCAAGAAGGGUUACUUCAGCCUCAGCGGAGCAAAGACCUGGAUCACCAACUCGCCCAUUGCAGAUGUCAUGCUCGUAUGGGCCAAGCUGCAAGAGACAGGCAAAAUUCGCGGUUUCCUGGUUGAGAGAUCCGAAUGCCCUCCAGGAACAUUGGAGACACCUGCAUUGAAGAACAAGAACGGUCUGAGAGCAUCUCUUACUGGCAUGAUCCAAUUGGACGAAUGCCCAGUACCAGAAGCAAACAUGUUCCCACACAUUGAGGGUCUCAGAGGACCUUUCAGCUGUCUCAACGGUGCUCGUUAUGGUAUUGCUUGGGGCACCAUGGGUGCUCUCGAGGAUUGCAUUGCAAGAACGAGACAGUACGCUUUGGAGAGAAAGCAGUUCAAGAGCAACCCAAUCGCCAAGUACCAGUUGGUGCAGAAGAAGCUUUCGGACGCAACCACAGACGCAGCCUACGGUAUCCUUGCGGCACUGCAAGUUGGCCGCCUGAAGGACGAAGGCAAAGCUGCCCCAGAAAUGAUCUCAAUGAUCAAGAGACAAAACUGCGACAGGGCUUUGGUGAACGCCCGAGUAUUGCAGGAAGUUUUCGGAGGUAACGCUGUCAGUGACGAGUACCACAUCGGAAGACAUGUGGCAAACCUAUUUGUCACUCAGACAUACGAAGGCCAGAGUGACAUUCAUGGUAAUGAUCCUCCCUCAUCCUGCUCUGCUGGUCCCAUCGGAGAUGACCUGUUCCACUGGCAAGCCACCAUCAUGGGUCCCGGUGACUCCCCAUACUCGGGCGGUGUCUUCUUCCUCGCCAUCCACUUCCCCACAGACUACCCCUUCAAGCCUCCCAAGGUCAACUUCACCACUCGCAUCUACCACCCCAACAUCAACAGCAACGGCAGCAUCUGUCUGGACAUUCUCAGAGACCAAUGGAGUCCUGCUCUGACCAUCUCAAAAGUCCUGCUUUCCAUCUGUUCUAUGUUGACCGACCCCAACCCUGACGACCCGCUCGUUCCUGAGAUCGCACAUGUCUACAAGACUGACCGCUCGCGUUACGAGGCUACAGCCAGAGAGUGGACAAGAAAGUACGCCAUCUAA